CAUGGGAAAAGGGGACAUAGUACAGAAGAAAGGGUGCAUUCAGAGCAUUCAUCUAAAGCAGUCAUGGGUAACUGGGCAGUGAACGAGGGGCUCUCCAUCUUUGUCAUUUUGGUGUGGCUGGGAUUAAAUGUCUUUCUCUUUGUGACCUACUACCGAGUUUAUGAUCUUCCGGAUAAAUUUUAUUACACUCGCAAGCUUCUUGGGCCUGCCCUGGCCUUAGCAAGAGCCCCUGCUGCUUGCCUAAAUUUCAACUGCAUGCUGAUCCUGUUGCCUGUCUGCCGAAACCUGCUCUCCUUCCUCAGAGGGUCUAGUGCGUGUUGUUCAACUCGGAUCCGGAGACAAUUGGACAGGAACCUGACCUUUCAUAAAAUGGUGGCAUGGAUGAUUGCCCUUCACACUGCAAUUCAUACCAUUGCUCAUCUCUUUAAUGUGGAGUGGUUGGUGAAUGCCAAGUCCAAAAUUCACUCUGAUAAUUAUUCAAUUGCCCUCUCUGCCUUUGAAGAUAAUCCAUCUCUUGGCCAAACUUAUGUUAAUUUUGUUGAAAAGCCAUAUAAGAACCCUGAAGGUGCCUUGUAUGUGGCUUUCACUUACUUAGCAGGCCUCACUGGAGUUGUUAUUACAUUGUGCCUCAUACUGAUCAUAACUUCCUCUACCAAAACAAUCCGGAGGUCUUACUUUGAAGUUUUCUGGUUCACUCAUCACCUUUUUGUUAUCUUCUUCAUUGGCCUUGCCAUCCAUGGAGCUGGGAGGAUUGUACGUGGACAGACAAAUGAAAGUUUGAAGAAACACAAUCUAACAAUAUGUCGUGACAACAUAUCCCUUUGGGGAAAUGAAAAAGAAUGUCCUAUCCCUCAAUUUGCGGGCAACCCUCCUAUGACUUGGAAAUGGAUUGUGGGUCCCAUGUUCCUGUAUCUUUGUGAGAGGUUGGUGCGAUUUUGGAGAUCACAACAGAAGGUCGUCAUCACCAAGGUGGUCACUCACCCUUUCAAAACCAUUGAACUACAAAUGAAGAAGAAGGGCUUUAAGAUGGAGGUGGGACAAUAUAUUUUUGUCAAAUGCCCCAAGUUGUCAAAUUUAGAGUGGCACCCCUUCACAUUGACCUCAGCCCCUGAGGAAGACUUCUUUAGUAUUCACAUCCGUAUAGUUGGGGACUGGACAGAAGGUCUUUUUAAAGCUUGUGGAUGUGACAAGACAGAAUUUCAGGAAGCCUGGAAAUUACCCAAGGUGGCAGUAGAUGGUCCCUUUGGCACUGCUAGUGAGGAUGUCUUCAGCUAUGAAGUAGUAAUGUUGGUGGGAGCUGGUAUUGGAGUCACACCAUUCGCAUCCAUUCUCAAGUCUGUCUGGUACAAGUACUGUAGUGACUCAACCAAACUAAAACUCAAAAAGAUCUAUUUUUACUGGCUCUGUAGAGACACACAUGCCUUUGAAUGGUUUGCAGACCUGCUGCAGUUACUAGAGACCCAAAUGCAAGAGAAGAACAAUGCUGAUUUUCUCAGCUACAACAUCUACCUUACUGGAUGGGAUGAGUCUCAGGCCACUCACUUUACCGUGCACCAUGAUGAAGAGAAGGACGUGAUAACAGGCUUGAAACAGAAGACCUUGUAUGGAAGGCCCAAUUGGGAAAAUGAGUUCAAGACCAUUGCAAGCCAGCAUCCAAAUACCAGGAUAGGUGUGUUUCUCUGCGGACCUGAAGCAUUGGCUGACACUCUCAACAAGCAAAGCAUUGCCAACUCUGAUGCUGGCCCUCGAGGAGUGCAUUUCAUUUUCAACAAAGAAAACUUCUAACUCCUGCUCCGUCAGAAAAUGUGGACAUGAGUCUUAUGCUCAGUCAAUCAAAUGCUGAUCGUUAAUAGAAACAAAUGAAAGCAAGAGAAACCUCGAUAGAUUUUAUUUUCUGCUUAUGUGGGGAUCAUUUCCGAAUUAGCAUCCAUCCAUCUUUAGACAGAAUGAAGAAAAACAGUUCAUUCAUUUUCCUUUUGUUUAUUGUGUAUUAUCUCUGUGACUCCAACAUAUGCACAGGAAAACUGUCCAAGUAUUUAGGAACCAGCUUACCCAGAUAUUGACUCAGCCCCUUGAUACAAGAGGGUUAGCAGAUUUCUAAUCUGUUCCAGAUUGCUAAUAAAGCAGCUCAAUUCUAUUAACCAUUUCCAAGAAAGAGUUUAGUUCAGGCAUAUUAAAAUUAGGGAAAAUCAUUUAGACAGAAAGUUCUUAAAAAAUAUUCCUAUAAUAUUUUCUAAAAGGCAGCUGGCUGGAACAGUGGAUAGAGAUCUGGGCCUUGAGUCAGGAAGACCUGAAUUCAAAACCUGCCUCAAACGUUUACCAACUGUGUGACCCCGGCAAGUUAUUUUAUCUCUUUCUGCCUCAGUUUCUUCAACUGUAAAAUGAGAUCAGUAAUGAUCACCUACCUCAGAGGUUUGUGUUGAGGAUCAAAUAAAAUACUAUUUGAAAAGUGCUUAACAUAGAACCUGGUAGGUGCUAUAAUAAAGACUUUUAUUCCCUUCCUUAUCCCUAUACCAUGUAGAGUACUGACCUCUGAGUUCAAAGCUUGACUCAGAUACUAGCUGUAUGAACCUGAGCAAGUCACUUAAUAUCUCUCAGUAUAAGUUUCCUAAUCAACAAGAUGGGUAUUAUAAUAAUAGCACCUACCUUCAUAGGGUUGUUGAGAGGGUCAAAUGAGAAAACAUGAAAUAAUAUACAAAUUCUACUUAUCAGUAUCGCUUGGGUCAGUAUUGCUAUCAGUGUUGCUUGUAUAGACCAGAGAGGCCUGAUUCUUCUGGUGGAAGGGCCCUAGCCUAAGUUACAUAAUUCCAUCUGUUUUACAUGUUCAGAUUUCAAGCAUAUGGUGACCAUCAGGGAGUCAUUCUACUGGCUGUUCAUUUUCUUGGACAGCAGGCUUUGGCCAGUGUCGUUUAGUCCUCUUGAGAGGAUCUAGAUUCUAGCAGCAGAAACUGAGUGAUUUUGUAGUAGUUCAAACUAAAUCCUCCAGUUCAGUGUUUUAUACAUGCAAAUAUGCAAAGGAUCAAAAACAUUGGGACUUUGGGAAAUUCGGCAUAGUAAAUCCUUUCACCAGUGCAGAUCACAGCCCCGGUAAACCUUCUGUGACUUAGCUAAAUUUUAAGGUGGCACCUGAGGCAACCAGAAAUUAGUGACUUGCCCAGAAUCACAUAUCUAGUGGAUGCCCCAUGGAGGAUUUGAACCCACAUUUUCUCAAGUCCUAUCCCAGAACUCUAGCCACGACCUACACUGCCUCCAUCUCUAGACUCAGUCAAGCAUUCAGUAGAUAGUUGUUAUUGAUGGUGAAGGUGGACCACUUGUCUAAGCUUAUGCAAAGCCAAGCCUUUCCUCUAAUUAAUGAGUUUGAUGGGAAGAAUUGUAAUGAAUGAGUUAUUCAAUAAACCCAUAUAAUUAAAAUGGCUGCCACGGGGGCAGCUAGAUGGCGUAGUGGAUAGAGCACCGGCCCUGGAGUCAGGAGUACCUGAGUUCAAAUCCAGCCUCAGACACUUAACACUUACUAGCUGUGUGACCCUGGGCAAGUCACUUAACCCCAAUUGCCUCACUAAAGAAAAAAUGGCUGCCAUGACCACUCCCUAAACUUUUUUAAGUGUAUAUAAUGUCUACUUUGUAAUUUCUAUUUGACUUUAUCACUAUCCUGAAAUGUAUUGUCCACAAAUUAAUGAGGCAGCAAAUGACAUAUAAGAUGGAGUGCUGAACCUGGAGUUGGGAAGACCUGAGUUGAAGUCCUGCUCAUAGGGACUGUGUGUCUUUGUGCAAGUCAUUUAACCUCUGCCUGCCUCAGUUUUCACCUCUGUAAAAGGAGUAUAAUAAUAACAUCUUCCAAUGUUGUUAUGGGGAUAAAUAAGUCAGUAUUUGUAAAGUGCUUCGCAAAUCUUAAAAUGUUGUAUAAAUAAAUAUUACUCAGUCAGUCAAUUAACAAUUAUUGAGUUCAACUAUGUCCUAUAUUGCCCCUGUCCAAAAAUGUAGAUUUCUUUCUGUAUAUUUAGCCUAUUACCUCUCUGUCUUCAUAAUCAGACAUCUGGAAUGAGGAUUGAUCAUUACAUUGAUCAGAGUUCUUAAUUCUUUUCAAGUUGUUUGUUUUUACAUUGUUGUUACAAUAAUAUAAAUUGUUCUCCUGAUUUGGUUCAUUUCACUCAGCAUCAGUAUAUAUAAGUCUUCCCAGGUUUCAUUUCAUCAUUUCUUAUGACACAUAGUAUUCUACAGUGUUUUAUUAAUUCAUAUGCCAUACAGUGUUCAGUCAUUGCUUAACUGAUGGGUACCCCCUUUAUGUCCAGUAUUUUGCCACUACAAUAAAAAAGUUGAUCCGAAUAUUUUUGUUAACCCCAUCUACCUUAGGAUACUCAUCUGAUUUAAAAUGGUUCACAGCACUCUGUCUUUUAUUUUAUUUUUUUAAAGAGCAUUUUAAGUAUCUAAUUGAAGAUUUUUCUUUAAAUUGCUGCAAGUUAUAUUUUGGCAGCCAGGUGGGAUAGUGGAUAGAGUGGCAGGCCAGGAUUUAGGAAGACUCUUAUAUAAGUUCAAAUUGAAUCUAAAUUCAAACACAUACUUGCUGUGUGACCCUAGGCAAGUCACUUAAUCCCAUUUCCCUCAGUUUCCUUGUCUGUAAAUGAGCUGGCAAACCACUCCAGUAUCUUUGCCAAGAAAAUCCAAAUGGGUUCAUGAGGAGUUGGCCAUAUCUAGAACAACUAACCAAACAAAAGUUAUACUCAGGAAAUCAACACCUAACCUGUUUUGCAAGGUUUCGAUUGGACAUAUUUGUCCUAACUAAAAAGAACUGAUUGGGUCAUCCCAUAGCUAAAACAGCAAAGAAUUGUCCCAGCUUACUAUUCUGCAUUAGGGGGUGAUUCCUCUAGUAGAUAUGUACGACCAGCUAUUCCACUUAGCACAUGAUAUCUAAAUUCUGAUACUUUUCCACACAAUAGCUAUAUUCCUUUUGAUCAGGUUAAAAGAGAAAACCAUGAUGAAUAUAAUUUGCAAAUCCUAGCUUUCUUUCCCCCCCUUUACCCUGGUGAUACAUAUAUAUAUAUAUAUAUCUUUGUUUGUCUGCUGAAGGAUUUUCCUUUUGAAUGGCUAAGUUUUAAUGGGAGUUUGCUACUUAUUGCUAAAACCAGGGGAGAAAAAAAUCAGAAAAUGUAGCAUGUGACGUGGACUUUAAGAUGAAUAGUGGCUAUUAAAUGCUUGUCACUGCAAAUAUUCUUCCUUGUCACUGCAAACUCUCCCCCUUUUGCCCCUUAUUUCCCUUCUAGUUACCAGCUUUUGAUGUUUUUUUUUAUUUUUUUUUUUUUAGUGAGGCAAUUGGGGUUAAGUGACUUGCUCAGGGUCACACAGCUAGUGUUAAGUGUCUGAGGCUGGAUUUGAACUCAGGUACUACUGAAUCCAGGGCCAGUGCUCUAUCCACUGCACCAUCUAGCUGCCCCACCAGCUUUUGAUUUUGAGCAUUUAAUUAACAGCAUUAACAGGAAGAAAAUACAUGAAGGAUCUAAGCUGUUUGCCCUUUAAAACCAUGAAAUUCUUAGUGUUCUGUGCUUUUUCCCCCUUCAAAUUAAAUUGAAUUUCAUUUGAAGUUUGGGAUUCUUUUCAAUGUCUGUUUUUGUUUUGUUUUGUGAAUGCUGACAAAAAUACAUUAAAAUCUGUAUGAGAUGUAUUAAAAUCAAGGAGCCAA